AAUAACAAAGUGUAGUGUAGAUUUUGAUUAUCUUCUUUUAAAAAGUUUAUUAAAUAAAAAUGGAAAUAGUUAAUAGUAAUUGUGCCUCAUUUAGUAACUAUGAGGUUUUAAAACAUCUACAAACAAUCAAAGAUGGAAAAAGGAAACAUAUAGGACAACUUGCUACAAUAACAUACGAGACUAUAAGAUACUUGGAAAACACUCCUUCAAAUGACCAGACUCGUGAUACGAUCAGGGAUUGUAUGAAGGAUUUGGCUGCUUUCAACCUGAACAAAACUGAGAUUUUAAUGAUUAUUAAUUCACCUCCGACAACAGCUUUGGAGAUUCAAUUGAUGGUUGAAGAAAGUGAGGAAAGGCUGACAGAGGAACAAGUUCAAGACAUUUUGAACAUAGUUGCCAAACAUUUUCCACAUAUUGUAAAAGAACAACCAGAGGAAGAAAAUGAAGAAGAACCAGAGUGAUUUGUUUGUUAAUUUUUUUAGAGUAACUUUUCUAAUAAAUGUAUAUUUUAUACUC